AUGAGUGUCAAGAGAAAGGAAAUAGAUGGCGCCAGUGGGGAAAGAAGGAUGAAGUUGCCUAGGGUUGAAGUGCCGAUGCAGGAGACUCCACUGGGUCCGCCACCAUCACCACUCGAUCCGGACGUUGAUUUGCUCGUUGAUUCUAUGCUGCCUGGAUGUGAAGAUGAGUUGACCGAAAAUUUUUGGCUUUUUGAUGAUGAUUCAACGUGCCUGGAAUUGCAAAGUGGACGUGCGGCGCUAACAGAGGAAUUUGUUGGCCAACAGAGCCUGCCACCGCGUACUCAAACAGAUCAAAGCUCUCCAGGAUUAUCUGCAGACCUGUCCACAGUAGACGGAAGUGAUUCAGCUAGCACAACACUGCUGACCUCUUUGGAAUCUGUGCUGUCCGAAUCCAGCUUUACAAGUCCAGGCCUCUCCCCAGAAGAUUGGCUGUCAAGUAGCGAUGCAGAAGCUGUGGGGGAGGCGCUAGGUGUGACUGCGUUUACCGGGAUGCCCUACGAAUUGCUGGACAUACUCGAAAACUCCAAGGCGGCAAAACGUUACGGGUGGUUAUCCGCCGCCGCUUCGGACGGCCGAAUUGAUGUAGAAGCACUCUCCAGCUCUGAAGCGUCACAAAGUGACUCUUCCAGCGACGUAAUCCAGAUCAUACGCACGCCAAAGCAACAAGUGUGCCGGAGCCCUCCAUUCUUCGAAGCUUAUUGUCAUCAACCCACGGCAGAAGUGACAUGA